AUGCAGCGCGCAAUUCAGAUGAGGUACCCUCUGAUGGCCACUGACCUCAAGAAAUCCCAAUUGGCAAUGCUAAUUCAAGUUUUGAACUUACAGCAUUCGGCACACUAUACCCACGACAAUAUGGGACGACUUCUCGAAGUGCGCAGCGAAUUGAUCCACCACGCCAUCAAAAACCUCCCGUCUGAGCUUCGGAAGUCCACAUUGCUCCAAAUUCUGCCAAGUUCCUUCAUUCGCGCCGCGGAGCUGUGUCCCUCGCACCAGGGAUUCAAUCCCUAUGUCAUUGCGAACAUCUGCAGCCUGAUAAGAAAGGAAGUCACCGAGCAUCUGGACGUCAUUGACUGGUACUCAGAUAACCUCGACCAAAGCCAUGUCCGGCUCGUCCGCGCGCUGCAAUCCAUGCAAGGCAUGUGGUCUCUGGUCCCGCUGGGUACUCGUCCUCCGCCGAUAGCCCCAGCACCUUACCAGGAGAACAGAUGCGAAGCAUGCAUCUUGGCAAGGGUGGUCCAGGAGCCGAUGUUCCUGCAGAACCUUCGGGUCGCACUCAUCAGUCGGACUAGAACUAGAUCCAAACAUCGCGCGCCUAGGCUGCUGGCGUUUAUCGACCAGGGUAUCAACUAUUACGGGGACCGCGCCCUGCAGUACUGGCACGCAAGCGGUCAAGCGGCUUUCGAUUUCAAGGCUGCCAGAAAAGCGGCCGUGAGAGCGUAUAAGAAGCGCCCGGAGCGCAUUCAUCGCCGCGAGGACUACACUGAUCACCUGCGCAAGCACCCGAAGAACAAAGGCAAGUCCAUCAGAACGGAUCCCGGACAGCCAGAGCCAGCUGGAUACACCGAGGCAUCCGGCUAUGCAACGAGUCGACGUAGUGAUGAUGUUGAUAUGCAAUCCAUCAUCGUCUACAUGGACCACAGCUCCGCCGAGCAGCAAGGCUUACACCGGAACCCCAGCCAAAGAGCUAAGGUGCACUCUCACCGUGCUGAGAUCGUGAAUGAGCGGGAUACGAUCGCCGACGAGAUCAUCGCGACCUACGAAGCCUUCGGAGGCAGAGAUUGGGAACCUCGUUCCACCACGAACCUGCCCGCCGGAGUGCCGCCUGUCCAUCCCCUAUCCGUCCCCAGGGCAGACCACUCGGCGACCUCAGCGUCUCACUACGAUGAGGACCACCCCAUGGGCGAAGCGAGCUACAUCCCUCCGCGCAGCAAUUCGAACUGGCAGAGUGCCGCCAACGGACCCACCCUCGGUACCUUGGAAGCCCUGUCGAAGGAGGUCGAGGGUCUGACGCUUGGAGGACGCCUGGGCGAAAAUAGCGAAGAGCUUGCGGGUCGAUACUGCGAUCUGCUGAGCCCAGUGGCGUAUCACUCUGACUCGGAAUAUAGCGAGGCAUCUUGGGAGGACGCCCCCGUGCGAGAGGCUGGGCCUGGAGACACCACCUGGGACCUUGUUUGCAAAGAGGGUUAUUGA